GGCGCUGUUCCUGUGCGUCACUAGAGGGCAGGAGACUCCAGUAAACCCUGAACUCACGGUGCACAGUUGUGAGCUUUGAACUCCUGCUUUAUCAGAGAGAAACUUACAAGUUGUGGCUCAAGCUUUAAAUUCAAAGUCGAGUUUGACUGCAGUGUUUUUGGAGAGGGCUGGAAAACUGGUCGCGCAGCAGAAGUUUACGCGCAGCUUUUCAGCGCACAUCUGGCUCCCCGGGAGGAGGGAGGCGACGGCCGACAGAGGAACAAUUAGUUUUACAGCCUUAAUUUAGCCUUUCACGAUAACAGUACAAUGUGGGCGUGUUCUCGGGCCCCUUUCUUAAAACCUCGCACCGCCUGUCCUCCGGAGCUGUGCGCACUGAGCCGAGCCGCCACUUGCUGCAGACUGGAUGCAGCUCUGGUCUUCCGGCUGCGGCUCAGUCUCCCAGGAUGGAUCUCUUCCUCUUCGCCGUCCUGUGCGGGGCUCUGGUGCUGCUCUGGGACCUGCCCUGCGGACAGACUCUCGCUAUUUUCCCUCCGGCUCCUCCGAAGAGCAACCUGGUGGCGAAGAUUUUUGACGGACAGGAAGCGUCCAAGUACUUCAAGGAGCUUUACGCGCCGCCUUCACUGGAAAGAAACAACAAAGCGACACCCAAAGAUUUAAUCGAGCCUCAUGACUACAUGCUGUCCAUCUAUAAAACCUUCUCCACGGCGGAGAAACUGGGACUGAACGCCAGCUUUUUUCGCUCUUCAAAGGCUGCGAACACUAUUGCAAGUUUUGUGGACACUGGAGAAGAUGACCUCCCACUCUCCCCUCUGAGGAGGCAGCGGUAUCUGUUCGACGUCUCGACCCUCUCAGAGAGAGCCGAGGUUCUGGGGGCCGAGCUCAGGAUUUACACCAAAGUGUCUGGGAAUUUCAGGAUCUCAGAAACGGAGCCCGUCGACGUCCAGCUGCUCUCCUGCCGCGACCAGCAGCUGCUCGACUCCAGAACUCUGGACCUGCAGGACUCCCACCGGCCCAAGUGGGAGGUUCUGGACGUUUGGGAGAUAUUCAAAGAGCGGCAGCACCUCAGCCACGGGAAGCACUUCUGCCUGGAGCUCCGGGCCAUGCUGGACAACCCCGAGAGGGAGCUGGACCUGCACCUGCUGGGGCUGCACCGGCACGCCAGGCCCCAGCAGAAGAAGGCCAUCCUGGUGGUGUUCACCCGGUCCAAGAAGAGGCAGACGCUCUUCAGCGAGAGGCGGGAAGGGAGAGCUCUGCUGGGCCUGGAGAGGAAGCCCACAGAGAAGAGCCUCGGCACCAAAACCAGCCGGAGACGCAGGACGGCGGCGUCUAAAACCCGCCACGGCAAGAGACACGGCAAGAAGUCCAAGUCCAGGUGCAGCAAGAAGCCGCUGCACGUGAACUUCCGGGAGCUGGGCUGGGAUGACUGGAUCAUCGCCCCGCUGGACUACGAGGCCUACCACUGCGAGGGUGUCUGCGACUUCCCCCUGCGCUCACACCUGGAGCCCACCAACCACGCCAUCAUCCAGACGCUGAUGAACUCCAUGAACCCCAGCAACAUGCCGCCCAGCUGCUGCGCUCCGUCCAAACUCAGCCCCAUCAGCAUCCUGUACAUCGACUCAGGGAACAACGUGGUCUACAAGCAGUACGAGGACAUGGUGGUGGAGUCGUGUGGCUGCAGGUAGCUCCUCUCUGGGGACUCCUUCAUCUCCAGUUAGUGGGAAUCAAACCAGCUGCAGCUGAAAUAAGGAAACUGGUUUAUUCAGCAGGAUUAGGUGCAGUUUGAAUCCCAACUAUCACCCUCAAUACCUCAAACAUCUGUCUUCUUUCUUUAUCUGUCUUGAGGACGUCCAACUGGUCACCAUAAACUCUGCAUUUCCUUCAUAUUCACAGACAUAUUAACUAUAUUUCUUUGUUCUUUUGACUUAUUUUGCACUGUGGCACCUCAACAGGAGCGUCCAAACCACAACACUCAUUCUGUUGCUUUCAUUUAUUCUCAUUUUAAGCAAGUUCAUCAGCCAAAUGAAGCUUCAUGCUGUGGUUUGGAGCUCUGUAAAGGCGCCAUGUUGGAAAAUACGCUAAAAAAAAACAUGAUCGAAAACUGCACAAAUGUCCCAUUUUACAUGUUCUCUAUUAAGUUUGCUGAAGAAACUGAGACUCAGUCCCACCUCGUCUGAUUAUCUACAAGAAAUCCAGAAAUAUAAUACUCAAAUACGCAAAAAGAAAAGAUUUACAUCUAGUGAAUGAAUCAGCAAAUUGAGACAAUAAUUGGAAAAAAAAGUACUAGAAAAGUCAGCAAAUCGACCCAAAGUUUAAAAUAAUUGUCAAGUAUUUUCUUGCCAAGAGUUUGAUGAGAAGAUUGACACCACUCUUGGAGCAACAGCUAGCAGCUAGUUAGCUUAGCUUCACAUAAAAGUGUGGAAACAGCUAACCGAACUCCGUACCUGUUAAAAAUGAACAAAAGUUUGUCUAUCUACGAGAGAAAAAUGGACAAAAGUCUGAAAAAAGUCACUGAAUCGACCCACAGUUUAAAUUAAUAGUGGAGCAUUUUUCUUGCCAUGAGUUUGAUAAAAAGAUUGACACCACUUUUUGGUUUGUACACUAAAUUUGUAGCAACAGCUAGCAGCUAGUUAGCAUAGCAUAGCAUAAAAACAUGGACACAGCUGGCUGAGCUCUGUGCAAAGCUAAAAAAAACAAAGUAUUGCACAGAAGUACAACUGCUAACAGCUAACACAAACGAUACGCUUCCAUAUGAUGGUCAAGCAUAAUUAAAGAAACUCUCAGUAAAUUGAGCCUGCUUCCAUUAGCUGCAUUGGAGUGAUUAAACUGGGCAGAAGGUGGCGCUAUUGGCUACAUGGCUAUGAUAAACAAAAUAGUAGAAGCUCCAAACAAAACCAGUUGUUUCCCAACUGCUAAAAACACACAAAAGCUCGAAAGCUUGAGAGAGAAAUGGAGGAACGUCUUCAGAAAAUAGUUUUUUGUGCGCAAGUUGAUUCUUUUGGUCAUGUUUUAUGUUCUGUGGAAUCUAAAACAAUGAAAGAGCUGCAUCAGAACUUAAUCUGUAAAGGUUUCUCCAUCUCUCAUGAAGCUAACAGGAAAAAAGGUCUUUUUUGCAGCGUUGGUGAAAUUUUUUCGAAUUCUGUCAUAGAAACGCAGAUAAAAAACACUUGAAACUCACUGAUUUACAUGUUUUUAAACCUCUCAGUUAGCUGUAAUUAUACCUGCUUCCUUCCAGUAGAUGUAUUUCCAUUUAACUGUCAAGCCAAUUUGAAGAAAACUUUUCAAAAUAUCACAGAAAUAAACAUAUGUGAAUUUGUUUCUAUUAAUUCCUAGGAGCAAAUAAACGAGGCUGUAUACUGUCGUCUGAAGGUGGCGCUGUAGACUGCAUGGAUGUAAACAAACAGAGUAGAAGACAGAAACCAAUGAAAAAAGAACUAGAAGAAGAAACAAACUCAAUUUUGACCUUCUGGCCUCUGAAAAAAGGGUUUCCAUCUCCAAUUAAAUGCAGUAAUUCCUUUAUCGAGUGAGUUUAAAGUUUAGUUUUUUGCAAAUUUUAAACUUGCAAAAUGUAAUAAUCUUGUGAAAAUAUGAAGCGAAACCAGGAAUUUUUAAAAAUUUGUUGGGUUUUCAUGUUUUUUUAGGGUCAUAACAUCAAAUUAAAAUUAAUAUUUCAAUUACUUAAACAAAACCAAACCAAAAUAAAUGGUUGCAAAGACGUUAGAAAUUAUUUUAUUUUGAUUGUUCAAACAUUUUCUAACACAAAUAUUAAAAAUACACAGAACACAGAAACAGAUCUAUCCUGUAAUGUUCUGAUUAUUGAGCUUUAGUGGUUUUAGUGGAAGGUUUCCUUACUUUGACUGAAUCAUGCUAGCAGUUUCCUACUACUUCUAGUGUUUAUGCUAAGCUAAGCUGAAUGCCAAUAGUUUCCUGUAGCUUCACGUUUGACUCUACAGACGUGAUAAUGAUGUUUGUCUUCACAUCUAAUGUUCUGCAAGAUCCUAAAUGUUUCAGGAAAAUUGAUUUAUCAUCAGAAAUUGCACAAAUAGGAAGAUUUUUUCUGAUAUUUUUAAUCUUUUCCACCUUUAAAGCGUUUGAUUUAUACCCCUCCAGCCUGUUUCUUCUGUAAACUGAAUAAUUAACUUCACGUGUUUCAGUAAAAACCUUCAGUUUCUUGAAGGAUUUUAAAAAGCAGAUUUCCAGCAGCACUUGACUCAGGGAUUAAAGCCGAACGUUUGACCUUCAUUCAUGAACUUAGUCUGCGAUGCACUGAUGUCCACAGAAAACGUGUAAAUAAUAAUUUAUGCUGUGCGAAUAACUUAUUGCGUUUCUUUUGUCCGCUUUGUUCUGUUACGGCUUCCAGACGUGUGAGUCGCACAUCUGGACGUUCAGGUUCAGAUAAACACAUGUGGCUGAUGUGAAAUAUUCCCUCUGCUGUAUAUAGAUGUAGAAAUAUAAAUAGCAGCUAAUUGUUCAGUCGGUGGGCUGCACAGUGGUGUAGUGGUUAGCACUUUCGCCUUGCAGCUAGAAGAUCCCUGGUUCGCGUCCCGGCUUUCCUGGGAUCUUUCUGCAUGGAGUUUGCAUGUUCUCCCUGUGCAUGCGUGGGUUUUCUCCGGGUACUCCGGCUUCCUCCCACAGUCCAAAAAUAUGCUGAGGUUAAUUGAUCAUUCUAAAUUGCCCGUAGGUGUGAAUGUGUGAGUGCUUGUUUGUCUUUGUAUGUAGCCCUGUGACAGACUGGUGACCUGUCUAGGGUGUCCCCUGCCUUCACCUGAGUCAGCUGGGAUAGGCUCCAGCCCCCCAUGACCCUAGUGAGGAUUAAGCUGUGUAUAGAUAAUGGAUGGAUGGAUGUUCAGUCGGUGAGUUUAUCUACAGGCUUUUAAAGAUUCUCAGCACAUUUUAACCUCUUUAUGUUUAUUUACUGCAAAAUAAUAUAUUAUUAUACCGAGCGACAUGUUUGUAUUUUAUUUGAACUCCUCUCAGAAUGUAUUUUUUACUUCAUUUAAAUAAUCAGUUUGUUUAACCGAGUGUCGAUCUAUUCUCAUAAACUGUAUAAGAUGAGUAGAAAUUAAAACAUCUUCAACUUUAAA